GGCGUCGCGACGGUCACGACAUCAUCAUCAACAAAACCAAAACAUUCCACACGUGCGUUCUUCCUGGUGCAUUAGGUUGCGGUUCUCGCAUCGCAGCUCCGAAAGCAUCCAUCCCGCGGCCCAGUUUCCGGAUAGUGCUGUGAAUUUCUCGAGUUUGAAGUACAUGCCUAAACAUGGCAUCGAAAUCAGACAAAAAGUUUUCCGAUCUCGGACUGAAACCGUGGAUCGCUAACCAAAUGGACAAGCUCGGUCUUCGUCGGCCAACGCCGAUCCAGGAGGCGUGCAUCCCCCGCAUCUUGGAUGGCCAGGAUUGCAUCGGUGCUGCCAAGACCGGUUCCGGAAAGACGUUCGCCUUUGCGUUGCCCAUCCUGCAGAGGCUAAGUGAGGAACCGACCAGCAAUUUUGCCCUGGUGUUGACUCCUACUCACGAACUUGCCUACCAGAUUGCGGAACAGUUCUCCGUGGCGGGACAACCGAUGGGCGUGAAGGUGUGCGUGAUAACCGGUGGGACGGAUCAGCUGCUGGAGGCCCAACGGCUGCAGAGCCGGCCGCACAUCGUGGUGGCUAUGCCAGGCCGAUUGGCAUCCCAUUUGACCGGAUGCAACACGUACUCGUUCCGGGCCAUGCAGUUCCUGGUUGUGGACGAAGCCGAUAGGGUUCUGAGUGGAAGCUUCGACGAAGAUCUGGCAGCGAUUGACAGCUUUCUGCCAAAGAAGCGCCAGAAUUUGUUCUUUUCGGCCACGCUGAAGGAGUUUAUGCGGGAGAACAGUGUCUUUCCGAUUGGGGCCGAUGCCUUCGAGUGGUCGGAGGAAAGUAAGGUAGCGACGGUGGAAACGUUGGACCAGCGGUACAUCCUGUGUGCCGAUUACGAUCGGGAUAUGGUGCUGAUAGAGUCCCUUAGAAAGUUCAAGGAGGAUAACGAGGAAGCCAGCGUGAUGAUCUUUACAAACUCCAAGAAAGAUUGCCAAGUCUUGUCUAUGACACUGAACACGAUUGGAUUUGAUAACGUGUGUCUGCACGGAUUUCUGAGGCAAAAAGAACGUGUGGCGGCGCUCAAUAGGUUCAAAUCGAAGCACGUGAGAGUUCUGAUUGCCACGGAUGUCGCCAGUCGAGGGUUGGACAUUCCGAAUGUCCAGCUUGUUCUGAACCAUCGCUUGCCGAAAAUUCCGAACGAAUACAUUCACCGUGUCGGACGAACGGCGAGAGCCGGUCGCAAAGGGCUGGCCAUUUCGAUAUUUCGGUUCCCGAGGGAUUUGGAAUUCUUGGGAGAAAUCGAGAGCCUGAUCAAUACGAAACUGACCGAGCACCCGAUCGAUCAACGGUUGGUGGAGCGAAUCUUCAUGCAGGUCAGCGUGGCGCGCCGGGAAGCCGAAAUGAAUCUGGACAAUAAGGACUUCGACGAGAGGCAGCACAACUACCGGCGGAAAAAGUGGAUCGAGCAAGGUCUGGAUCCGGACGAGAUGGAAGCAAAAUGGAAGCAGGAGAAGGAAACGCGAGCCGCCGAGCGGAAGGAACGACUCAGGAAAGAGAACGAAGACCGCAAGCGUGCAGCGGCGAGUGAAGAUAGAUCCACGUCCGCAACGAAGGAUGAACGUUUCGCGGGGGUAGCACAAAGUAAGAAAUUUAAGAAGCGAAAGUUUGUUACGGCUGACCAAUUGGAAGAUUUUGCAAAGGCCGCAAAAGUUAAGCAACGCAGUGAUGGAAAAGGUAAGGUCAAAAAGGGAAAAACGAAGAUCAAGAAGAAUAAAGCGUGAUUGAUCAUUUGUUGA